GAGGGCGCGGCCGCCGGGAUUUUCGCUGAGGGCUUCGCUGAGCGCUAUUUGGUUGCCAGAUUGGGGUCGAAAUGUCCUACAUCCCUGGCCAGCCGGUCACUGCUGUGGUGCAAAGAGUUGAAAUUCACAAGCUGCGUCAAGGUGAGAACUUAAUCCUGGGUUUCAGCAUUGGAGGUGGAAUUGACCAGGAUCCCUCCCAGAAUCCUUUCUCGGAAGACAAGACGGACAAGGGCAUUUACGUCACACGGGUAUCUGAAGGAGGCCCUGCUGAAAUUGCUGGGCUGCAGAUUGGAGACAAGAUCAUGCAGGUGAAUGGCUGGGACAUGACCAUGGUCACACACGACCAGGCUCGGAGGCGUCUCACCAAGCGUUCGGAGGAGGUGGUGCGCCUGCUGGUGACGCGGCAGUCGCUGCAGAAGGCCGUGCAGCAGUCCAUGCUGUCCUAGCAGCCCGCCAGGGUCCUGACAUGUGCCUGCCUGCCUCUUUGUACAGUGACACUACUAUGCUGUCUGCCCCUCGUCCUGGCUUCCGCUGAGUGCUGGGCCCCUGCUCAGGUGGGCAAGAGCUGGUCCCAGAGGCCUGACCUGGCCUGCCUUCUCCUCUCCCACCAGUGGCCCAAGUCUCUGGGACCAGCUCUCUCCCUUGGACACUGAGGACUGGAAACAGCCGCCUGGAGCCAAGUAGUCAGUCUGUAGUGACCACAGGCUCGGCCCCUAGACCCUGCCGCCUGGCCUCAGCAGUGCCCAGGGGAGCGGUGGCCGCUUCCUGAGAGCCACCAACAAAGCUGGAAAAUGCCAGGUGGGGCCAGCCUUCCCCACACUUUGUCCCGACUGAGGGCUCGGCCCGGCCCUCGUCUCAGCUCCAAAGUGCCUGUGUCCCAUGCUUUUCCGUGUUGUCCAGUGGGGACUCGACACACUGCCAGACACUACGAUGGUUCGCCAGGAUGGAAGAUGGGCAGGCUCACAGUUCACCCAUUGCACCCCCACCCCUCAGAGGGGUGCUGGCCUCCCCCAGGGUUCACGUGCUUACAGGAUUCAGAUGAGGCUCGAGGCUGACAUUUUAGGGCAGUUCUCAGGAUUGCCGUUUUCCUCCAUGCCUGUGGGUUUAACUUUUGUAUUUUUUAAAUCGCAACUUUGAUACAAAGUGUUUUUAUCUUACUAUUUGGAGACGCCAAUUCUACUUUUGACUUUAGCUUACUAAUUCACAUCUGGGAACGACUCUUAGCCAGUCAAUAACCCUUACUUUGGUCACUGAAGAAAUGGGGCAGUAUUAAGCUGCCUCACACCCAACACCUUGUGCCCAAUAAACAGUGCUGAAAUCCACA